ACAAUGACAACUAUAAAAUAAAUGGGACUAUUUCUGCAACUGGACCAUUAUACGAAAACUGUUCUUUUCGCUUAUUUGGCAGGAGGAACAUUCGGUGACUCUGAAAAUGGGCCCAGACUAGGUAAACCCAUACUAUUGCGGAAAGAUCGCUAAAGGGGCCAAUAGGACAUGGCGGCAUACCUAUGCGCUGGAUAGGUCUUUUUGUAAACGGUAAUCCUUCAGAGGCAAAAGUUCAUUAGCCGAUGUCUGAGAUGACGGGGAUAUUGAAAGUGUUGAACUGAUUGGACUCUAGCCAAAAGCCUAGAUAUCGAGUAUAUAAGUCGCUGACACUUCCCGAUAUCUGUUCACAAUCACUCUCUCAAACACUCAAACUUCACACAACCCUUUCAACCAACAUCUAUAAUCUACAACCAUCAAAAUGCUCGUCAACACCAGCAUCCUCACCCUCCUCAUGGCAGCCUUUGCCGCAGCCUCUCCCAUCACCGAGUCUUCACCUACCCUCACCAAGCGCAACUCAGUCAACGACUGCGGCGACUCUACCUUUGAGAACCACUCCUCCGGAGGCUCUCCCCAAGUCUCUGACUGCCAGCAAAUCGCCCGCAACAUCGCAGGCGGCGGCACCUGGACUGUCGGUGCUGGCGGUGAGCACCACCAGCUGGUCCAGUACGGAACCUGUGCUUUCGGCGCACAGGGAGCUGGAUCUAACAUGAACGCUGCUCAUAUCGGCAACCAGGACAUCAUUGAUCUGAUCAACAGCUCUAUCGAAAAGUUUCAGUGGGAAGGAAAGGUUGGCGCUGCUGGUGUUAUGGGAUGCCAGAGUCUUACUGGACUGGUUGGAGGAGUUGACAUGCGAUGGGGUAUCUACCAUACUUAAGCAUUCUGGAUAGCGCCUUGGUGGUGACAAGUCAUGUAGGGUUGGAGGAUUACAGCAUUGGGGGCCUGGAGAGUCUUGUGAUGGAUACAGGAGCAGCUGUUGUCUUUACAGCGCAUGGCAUGUUCUAUUCUUAGUCUAGCUCUUGUUCAGCUAGUCAGGCAACAAGUUUUGUUAACUGUA